AGCAUCCCAGACUCCGGUCACAAGUACUACCUGCAGUUCACUACCGAAGACUACAAAAGUGGGGAAAAUGCCGGGAGCUGCCUUGCUACAGUGCUGUAUCCGAAGACAAAGUCUCUGCCUGUUGUCAGUAUCAAGUGCACGCAUACCAAAGGCCAGAAGCAAAUCAAAGAAGAGGACAACAGACUUUACCAAAAAAUUAGGCACCAAACCAAACCAAUAAUUGGAAACAAUAUUCCAGACAGCUAUGGAAAUAUUGAACCUGCCCUGGAGCCAGUGUGGGCUUUGGCUGUUGCUGGCAGCAGUUACAUCAUGUGGGAAAAGUCAACGGAGAACUUGGGUUACUCCAUGGCACAAGUCAAGUCUGUGAAGCAGUGGCUAAGGAAAGAUGAUUUUAUUGAGUUUGACUACACUGUCCUACUCCACGAAAUUCCAACACAGGAAAUUAUUUCAUGUCACAUGCGGCUCACUUGGCUUCCUGGUCACCCUCUGAAAGUGAAAUACUUCUGCGCUUCAGACAAUCAGGGGCUCGAAGAUGGAUCUGCAAUGGAAUCUGGGUCAGCUGCUGGGAUUUUACAUGAAAAGGGAGCAAAUUUUUAA